GAAAAAUGACGCACGCACCCACGGACGUAGCUCGAAGCGCAUGCGUUGUGUCUGCAGAGACCCAUGGAUCUUCAGACCUCAAGGGAGGGAGUGACUCCUCCAGGAGAAAGACAGAUGAAGAGGAAACAUGAAGAGCAGGAUGAAGAGGAGACAUCACCCACCAAGAAGCUGGUGACCGAUCACAGUGUGAAGGUGGCGACUCAUUAUAACCAGCUGCAGGAAGUUGGUCUGGUGGUCCGAAGUCAGAGCAGAAUUUUCUACAUGAGGAACUUUAACAACUGGCUGAAGAGCGUCCUGAUUGGUGAGAUCCUGGAGCAGGUGCGGGAGGCGGGGACACGGCAGGUGUCCGUGUUGGACCUGGGCUGUGGGAAAGGAGGAGAUCUUCUGAAGUGGAGAAGAGGAGGGAUCAGUCACCUGGUCUGUGCAGAUAUAGCAGGAGUGUCCGUGGAGCAGUGCCAGAGUCGCUAUGAUGAGAUGAAGAGGAAAAGUCACUUCAACGAGAAGAUCUUCAGUGCUCAGUUUAUCACGGCAGACUGCUCCAAGGAGGUUUUAUCAGAGAAGCUUGACGACAAAGAGCUGAUGUUUGACAUCUGCAGCUGUCAGUUUGUCUACCACUACUCCUUUGAGAGCGAGCAGAAGGCUGACACCAUGCUGAGAAAUGCCUGUGAGCGUCUGAAACCCGGAGGUUUCUUCAUCGGAACGACUCCAGACGCCUUUGAACUCGUUAAACGUCUGGAGGCAUCGGACUCUCUGUCCUUCGGUAACGAGGUGUUUAAAGUUUCCUUCCAGUCCAAAGGUUCCUACCCCCUCUUCGGAUGUCAGUAUCACUUCAGCCUUGAGGAUGUUGUUGAUGUCCCCGAGUUCCUCGUCUACUUUCCUCUGUUCGAACACAUGGCGAAGCGCUACAACAUGCGUCUGGUGAUGAAGCAGAGAUUCUCCGAGUUCUUUGAAGAGAAACUGAAGAAGGAUCAUCAUCGCAGCCUCAUGAUGAAGAUGAUGGCUCUGGAGCCGUUUCCCUGUGAGGAUGGAGGUCGACAGGCUACAGACAGCAGAGGAGAGUACUGCUAUGCUAAAGAGCACUGUGACAGAGCCGGAGUGAAGCCUCCAGUGGGAACUCUGAGCAGAUCUGAGUGGGAGGCAGCCAGUAAGUCUCUCCGGUCUGGUCUGGUUGAACUUUUAUUCUUCUCUCUAGACAAACCACGUGACUCAACGUGAUUUUUAUUCUACUUCCUCUUCUCAUUCUUCCUCUGCAUCGUCUGUGACGUUAGCCAGCCACCGUGAAAUCUGGAGAAGAGGAAGAAGAAGUUUCAGUGCGGCUUUAGUUUAUGUCCAACCUCGAUUUAAAAACUACCAAAGCUCAUCCUUGGUCAGAGCAUCCCUGAACUGAAUAAGGCUCAACACAGACCAAGUUCUUUGUUCUAAAUCAAAAAGCCUUUAACUAAAUACAAAACACAACAACAAACCAACUCCUUGUUUCUGAAUGUGUCUAGAAAAACAAACAAGAGCUCAAAUAGGUUUAGUAUUAAAUACUGACAGAGCGUCUGACAGACUAAAGAAUUCAUUUAAUGAAUUUCUUUUCAUGUUUAUUUAUUGUGAAGUAGAUGAGAGUGAAUAUCAGUGAUUAUGUUGCGUAUAUUAACGCUGAUCUGUCG